AUGGUUUGGAAGAUUGCAACUGUUGAAGGGUCUAAGUGUUGUACUGAUCAUCCCGAACUUGGAAAGUGUGUCCCUGGUGCGGAUGACAACCCAGAUGGGGGAAAAUGCUGGACAUUUUGCACUUCAGAUUGUGAGAAAGGAGGCAUCUGCAAACUAUUUGGCGACCAUCAUCAUUGCCAUUGCUUAUGUUGA